AUGGAGAAGACGGAGACGGCGGGCGGAGGAGAUGCAGUGGCAGCUCACAGGGCGAAUGAGGCUACGACGGCUAGUACGAUUAGCAGUCGAGACAGCGAGAAUGGCACGUCGACGUCCGACUACCGCAUGAGCAGCCAGGCCAUAAAGUCUGUGAAUGAAUUACUGGAAAAGGAUGCAGAGGACGAGAGCUUGCAGAGGUACAAAGAGCAACUCCUGGGGGCUGCAGCUCAUGGAGAUCGAGGAGACACAACGGACUCACGUCGUGUUGUGGUGGAGGAGUUCAAGGUGGAGUUUGAGGACGGGAGGGAGGAUAUCGUGUACAAUUUGGACACGCUGCAGGGCGUUGAGCAUAUGCGCACGACGCCUUUCGUCAUUGAAGAAGGCUCUCGCUACCGUUUCGCCAUCUCCUUCCGCGUGAACCAGACGAUUGUGAGUGGCCUGCGCUUCCACAAUAAAGUGAAGAAAACUGUGCUGGCCACGCGCGACGAGAUUGUGCUGGGCUCGUACGCUCCGCGAUCGGAGAACUACGUGUUUGUUUUCCCUCGCCACGACUGGAUGGAAGCUCCGUCGGGGCUGUUCUACCGUGGCAAAUACAUGGGCAGAUUCAUCUUCGACGACGAUGACCACGUCGAACACCUUAAGUUGUUCUACACAUUCGAGAUCAAGCGAGCCUAA